AGCGGACAGCCGGCUCGCGCACUGACUGACAGACAGACCAGAAGCCUCGCGCGGUCGGACAGCUAACGGUUAAUCUCUGAGACAGAAACAUUGACUAUAAACAUCACCCGUACAGGUCACGUCAUCUUUUUCGGUACCGACGGUGCAGUGAUGAAACAGCACCGGUAGACGACACCGGGGGAAGUUGUGUGUGUGUGAGAGGACUAAAUUGCCGUCCAUAAGAAGCGGGGCAGCCGGCGGUAAUGGGAAAUGAUGGAAGACAAAGGCCCUCGUGUAGCCGACUACUUUGUGGUGGCCGGUCUGACAGACCCGUCCAAGCCGUUGGACCAGGAGAUCCACUUUGAUGACGUGUGCCACAAGUCGGCCAAGCCUAAGGCGCCCAUCACUGAUGUCGCCGUGGUGAUCCGCUCCAUGGGCGAGGAGACGCCGCCUGGGUUCACCUGUGUAGAGGAAACCCCAACAGGCCAUUCAGCUGAUCUGAACAAUGGCGGCCUCAUGGUGCCCCAGAUCUUCCUCUGCUACCGGAGAGGUCGCGACAAGCCACCCCUCACUGACCUGGGCGUGCUGUACGAGUGGAAGGAGCGCCUGAAGCCGGGCUGCCAGCUGAUCCAGACCACACCCUCCGGUCGCCCCGCCAACAUCAGCGGAAACUCCUCCCAGCGCAUCUACGUCACCUACCGCCGGGCCCCUGAGAGCCAGCCACACAGCGCGCUGGCCCUCACCGACAUCUGCAUCAUCGUCCCGAGCAAGGGAGAGACGCCCCCCCACACCUUCUGCAAGGUGGAGAAGAACCUCAACAGCAGCAUGUGGGGCUCCUCUGUCUACCUGUGUUAUAAGAAGUCUGUGGCCAAAACCAACACAAUAGCCUACAAAGCAGGUUUAUUCAGCAGAUAUCCAGAGGAGGACUAUGAGUCAUUCCCUCUGCCAGAGUCUGUCCCUCUCUUCUGCCUUCCCAUGGGGGCCACGAUUGAGUGCUGGCCAGCAAACACCAAAUACUCCCUCCCCGUGUUCUCCACCUUUGUCCUCACCGGAUCCUCUGGAGAGAAGGUGUACGGUGCCGCCAUCCAGUUCUACGAGCCCUUCCCCCAGGUGUGUCUGACCGAUGUGCAGCGCUCCCAGCUGGGUCUCUUGAGUCCAGAUCCAGUACAACCAGCCUCCUCCAGCUGUACGGAGACAUCCAGCAGCAGCCCGGCCAAAGCCCAAUGCUCCGUCUACACCAACAAGUGCAUCUGUCUGCUUUCCCACUGGCCCUUCUUCGACGCUUUCCGCAAGUUCCUCACAUUCCUAUAUCGCUACUCCAUCUCCUGCCCUCACGCCCUGCCCAUCGAGAAGCACAUCUCUCAUUUUAUGCACAAAGUUCCCUUCCCUUCCUCUCAGAGGCCUCGCAUCCUGGUGCAGCUUUCCCCUCAUGACAGCCUGAUGUUGAGCCAGCCAGUGUCUUCUCCCUUACCGCUCAGCGGUGGUCGAUUUUCCACGCUGCUCCAGAACCUCGGACCAGAGAACGCCGUCACCCUGCUGGUGUUUGCCGUCACUGAACACAAGAUCCUGGUGCACUCUUUACGCCCCGCCGUGCUGACCAGCGUCACCGAGGCUCUGGUGUCGAUGAUCUUCCCGUUCCACUGGCAGUGCCCGUAUAUUCCUCUGUGCCCACUGGCGCUGGCUGACGUAUUAAGCGCCCCCUGUCCAUUCAUCGUAGGAGUGGACUCCCGCUACUUUGAUCUUUAUGACCCUCCACCAGAUGUGAGCUGCGUGGAUCUGGACACAAACACCAUCUUCCACAAUGAAGAUAAGCGAGCCCUCACGUGGAAGAUCCUGCCAAAGAAAUCCUGUAAAAACCUGAUGAAUGUGCUGAGCAAUCUCCACCAGCAGCUGGUCGAGGGUCAGCAGCGUCCUGACGGGCUGCUGGAGCUGAGCAUGAAUGAUUUGACAGAGUUGAGCUGUGGUAAGAGCCUCCACACGCUGGAGCUGGAGAUCCAGGAAGCCUUUCUGCGCUUCAUGGCGGCCAUUUUGAAAGGCUACCGCUCAUUCUUGCGACCCAUCACCCAGGCACCUUCUGAGAAAGCGACGGACGCCAGCUCCCUCUUUGACCUGCAAGGGUUCUUAAAGAGCCGGGACCGCUCCCAUCAGAAGUUCUACUCGCUGAUGACCAAAACGCAAAUGUUCAUCCGCUUUAUUGAGGAAUGUUCUUUCGUCAGCGACAAAGACGCCAGUCUGGCCUUCUUCGACGACUGUGUGGACAAACUCUACAAUUCCGAGCGGAGUGCAGACAAAGCAGGCAAGGUGGACGCUGACAGGCCGGAGGAGAGCCGGCUGAUAGAGAUUGAUGAGUCUCAGCGCAGCGAGCACACAGUCUUCAUCACGCCUCCAGAGCUGCCCCCCCUGCCUGAGGGGGAGGAACAUCCACUCUGCUACAGGUACGAUGGCUUCCCAGUGUUAACUCUUGACCUGUUUGACCCUGUGGAGGGCCUGCGGACCCCCUCCUCCCGCCUCACUGCCAAGCAAAGCUGUCCCACCAGCCCUGCCCCCAUGUUCAGACGCACCAAGCAGGAGAUCAAAACAGCCCAGAAGAUAGCCAAGAAGUACUCGUCCAUCCCUCAGCUGUGGUCCAAGUGCCUGCUCCGUCACUGCUACGGCCUGUGGUUCAUCUGCCUGCCAGCGUACGUCAAGGUGUGCCACUCCAAGGUUCGGGCGCUGCGCACGGCCUACGACGUCCUCGGGAAGAUGCAGGCUAAGAAACUGCAGCCACCUGAUGAGGUCUGUUACCGGGUGCUGAUGCAGCUGUGUGGACAGUACGGCCAACCUGUCCUGGCAGUCAGGGUCCUCUUUGAGAUGAAGAAGGCCGGAGUCCACCCCAACGCAAUCACCUAUGGCUACUACAACAAGGCGGUGUUGGAGAGCACGUGGCCCUCCAGCACCAGAGGAGGGUACUUCCUGUGGAUGAAGCUGAGAAAUGUAGUUCUGGGAGUGGCCCAGUUCAAACAGGCCCUACGACGACAGGCUGCCCACACACAGAGUCCUCUGUCAGAUGGCAGCGACCUGGACGCUGUGAGUCACGGCAGCCUGGAUAGCUCUGCCGACACUAACCUGGGCCCCUUCGCCUCUGACUCCGCCAAAGUAGACCCCAUUGAUGAUAAAUCUAGCACAGGGGAUCAAUCGGAUCUGGGUUAUAACUCACUGUCCAAGGAGGAGGUCCGGAGAGGAGACCCCGGCGCUCCGGACUCCAAAGAUGACAAGAAGGAGAGCGACUGCAGCUCCUUGUCAGAGACAGAGAGCGCCAAGGGGAGCAAAGACUGCCUCCCUCAGCUGGACAUGGAGCUUCACUCGUCCUUCAAACCCCGCGGCAUUGUGCGCAGCAGCUAUCCGUAUGACGAAGCCUCCUGUAAGCCCAAGAGCUCCGUCAGCGCGGGCCAUGUUGCAGGCCUCCUCUUUUCCUCCUCCCUGGACGACAUCGGUGAGGUCAACGGCAACAGAUUGCUCAGGAAACACAGGAGUGCUCUGGAGGAGGUGGUGGGCAGCAGCGGCUCGGCUCUCGACUGGCAGGGGGGGAGGGGCCGCCAGCUGAGCGGGGACAAGGUGGGCAGCAGCGGCAGCGGCACCACUGUCCUGGGCCUGGGGAUGAGCCAGGGGGAAACAGACCCAGAUAAGAUCGCGGGACACAUGGGCGCAGACGUCAAAAUUCUCUCUGGUGCCAAAUUCAGUCAGAGUAAGAGACCUCGUUCGCUGGCUCUGGGCGGGAUAGAGGGGGCGGCUGCCUCCAGAAGUCUUGAUCACAGGGAGGAAGAGGAAGAGGCGGAGGGACAGGACUCCAGUGAUGAGGACAGAGGUAACACAGAGGCCAUUUUUGAUUUGGAGGAUCUGGAUUUAGACAAGCCCGCCACAGGGGCUGGCAUCAGCUCACACAAAUGUAACAAGAAACCUGUCGGACGCAGUGUGAGCUACGGUGGCGUGAGCUCCAUGACGACCAGAGGAACUGUGAAGCGCACAGACAUACAGACAGGCUACGACCCUCUGUCCAUCCUGGUGGCAGAGACACAGUCCGAGGAGCAGAGUGAGGACCGGUACCCAGAGGGGGACGAGGACAGCACUCCCAGCGCCCGAAGGCACCUGGCCAGAGAGAUCGAGCUCUACAUGAACCACAUGGGCAGCCCGCUGAGCAGCAGGACCCCCAGCAUGGACCUGCAGGACUCCGCCAGCCCCCUCCUCCUCCACCCCUCCUCCCUCUCGGCCCCCCGCAGAGCCAGCCUGCCCCACAGCUCCCCCCUCAGGGCUGCUGGGAUGCCGCGCUCCCGCACCUUCCACCCGCCCUCGCCCUCCCAGUCCGUCUCACGCCAGCGCCUGCUCUCGUCCCCCUCCUGCCACAGCUCCAGCACCACCCCCAGUGCCAGCCCCCGCCCCAGCCCCUGCAGGGAAAGGACGGACAGGAUGAGCCUGGCGUCGCCUUCCCCCUCCUCUUCCUCUUUCGCUCUGGACACUCUGAUCACACCAACGCUCGAUGUAUUCAAGACCAGCAUGUUCUCCGCUGGGAAGGGCGUGGCAGAGAAGGCCAGCCGCUGGUACUCCCGCCUCUCCACAUACACAACGCCUACCAAGGACGGUCACAGUGACCGCCUGAGUAUUUCCUCCCUUGGCUUUGGAGAUCCAGACUGCGCCUCGCUGCUGGAUGACGAGGACUGUGAUGGCUCCUUGAUCUCUCCACAGAGGAACGGCCCCUCAGGGCCCCGCAGGAGCCCCCGACGCAGCCCCCUGCGCAGCACACAGCACAGCCCCUCUGCCGGCCACAGCCUGGGCAGACCCACAUCUCUGUUCCCUGGAUGUGUGCUCUCCCCCCCCGGCUUCCCUCUGCCAGACAGGUCGGACCUCGGCUCUUCACGCUACACCAGCAGCACCAGCAUCUUCAACAACUACGCCAUGGAGCUGCUGAUCUCCAGCUGUUCCCGCUGUAAGACGUGCGACUGCCUGGUGUACGAUGAGGAGAUCAUGGCCGGCUGGACUGCGGACGACUCCAACCUGAACACCACCUGCCCCUUCUGUGGAAACCCCUUCCUGCCCUUCCUCAACGUGGAGCUCAGGGACAUGCGAGGCCCCGGCAGGCUUUUUCUGAAGGGCAGCCCGUCGGUGGACGAGGAGAUGACCUCGUCGUACUCCACCUCCACGGGUUUGGACACGGGGACGUCCACCUUGUCCACCCCGUGUCCUAAAACAGCUGCCUUUCCUCCCUCCCCUGGGAUCGCUGUCCAGGAGUGCGCCGGGAGUGGAAGGACUCGAUCGACCAACGCUGAAGGUAUCAACAUCCCGUCUGACCAGCGGCAGGAGGGUCCGUCCCCCGGGGGGCACAUGGCCCGCAGCAUCAGCACCUUCUGUCCCCAGGACGAAGCGCCAACAAUUGACCACCGUUUGCCGACGUCAGGCAGCCUGCCCAGCCGUCUGAAUGAAGCCACAGACCCGCUGAAUAUGGAGUGGCGGCUCCACAACCCUGAGCCGGUGACGGUGCCCUACCUGAGCCCGCUGGUGCUGUGGAAGGAGCUGGAGAGCCUGCUGGAGAACGAGGGCGACUCGGUGAUCACCGAGGCCGACAUGGUGGACCAGCAUCCCAUCAUCUACUGGAACCUGGUCUGGUACUUCAGGCGCCUGGACCUGCCCAGCAACCUGCCCGGACUCAUGCUCACCUCGGAGCACUGCAACAGAGGCUCCCAGGUUCCUCGUCACUGGAUGUCGGAGGACAGUAAACACGUGUUGAUCCAGAUCCUGUGGGACAACCUGAAGCUGCACCAGGACUCCAUCCAGCCUCUCUACAUCCUCUGGAACACAUUCAGGCUUAAUUGUACUCUGUUGUUAGAGAACGUGGGGUACCCUCUGUCCCGGCCGGUCCCGGAGGAGGAGAGGCCGUUCAGCGAGGAGCUGCUGCAGAGCGUGGUGAGGAGCAUCCAGAGGAACGACCUGAGCCGGCCCAUGGCCCAGCUGCUGCAGCUGCUGGGCACCACGCUGGGGGUCAAACGGCAGAGGAGUUUGUACAGAGACAUCCUCUUCCUCUCCCUGGUGGCUCUGGGAAAAGAUAACAUCGAUAUUGACGCAUUUGAUCGAGAGUACAAGCUGGCGUACGACCGCCUCCUGCCGAGCGUAGUGAAGCUGACCCACAACUGUGACCGCCCCCCCAGCACCGGGGUCAUGGAGUGCCGCAGGACCUUUGGGGAGCCUUACCUGUAAACACACACACACACACACACACACACACACACACACACACACACACACACACACACACACACACACACACACACACACACACACACACCAGGAUGAACUCUCCUCACCCCACAUCAUCGCUUUAAGACGAGCUCAGGAAACCUGUUGGAGACUGUGAAUGUUUUUGAAACUCUGCGAGGGAUCAUAAAGAUAGUCAGCGUCACGUUGCCUGAAACUAAAAACAGUUUUACAAACUCUAUCUCUUUAACUGAAGGAAAGACCACUCGCCCCGCUCAUCAACAAGUUCAUGCAGUUUGUUCCCGUGAAAAUGACUGUAAAUACACAGCAGUAGAGGGUUUUUUAAAUGCAUUUAUAUUGUGCAGUCAUACAGCAUAUGAAGACUAAUCAGCAAUAUUUUAACUUGAACUCUAUUUAUACAAAGUAAGCUUUAUUUAUUGUAGUGUCUUGUUUUUGUCGGGCCUUGAAAGUGUUAUCGUUGUCGUCGGGCGUUUCUUGCCUCGCAGGUUAAAAUGUGGCAGAAUGGAUUUAGUGUUUAUAAUUGAUGAUUAGGAGGAAAGUAAAAAAUACCGCUGGAAAAAUCCGCAAAUUCAUAGAAAAUGAAUCGGAGGAUUUGGGCCGCUGGAAAAGGGUUAGCAGUGGGCUCUAAAAAGACAUCUUGAAAAGCGUAAUUCACAAAUGUUCAACAUAAUUCAGAAAAAGGAGGAACCGCUUUAUAAACUGACAGAUAACCAGCCGUUAGUUGCGGCCCUAAUUUAAAUGUUUCAAAUCCACUUUUUUAAAUCUGCCUUUAAUGUCGGUCCAGGGUCUGAAGACAAACGUUCGCUUUGCUUCUCAAACCAGUUUCUCUACUUCUCUAUGUGUGACUUUGAUGCAAAGGUUCAUUCCUCAACAUAUUUAGUUUGUUUACACACCUGUCUUUAACUUUAUCAAAGAAAAGUUUUCGUCUAGGUCAGGGGUGUCCAAACUACGGCCCGGGAGCUAUUUAGAAUGUGCCCGCAGUAAAGUAUGAUGGAAUAUGGCCUCUAGUGAGGGGCCCGGCCCUUCGUAUAUCUUUCUCUAUGUGGCCCUCGGUGAAACAUGUUUGGACACCGCUGGCUUAGCUAUUGAGUUCACUUCACCAGUGGAGCGCUGCUGGACAUAUCGGUAUUACUGCUCAUCAUGUGUGUACUAAACGUGCCGACUGUUCAGAUGAAUUCACUGACUCACCUCCUCAUACAGAAGCUGCUCUGAACCCAACUGGUGUGUCAGCAUAUCCUCUAUCCUGUGAGGAAACACAUUCUGUCAGCCAUGUUGGAGGUUUACUGUUCUUUAAGUCGCAUAACGUCGGAGUUUCAUUUUGUAUCAUUAUUUGAGUCAGUUACUACACCAAAAUAAUAUCUCACACCACUACAACAGAGGACAAGAGCACGUUUUUGCAGAACGUCCCAAAAACUUUAUUUGGAAGUUGUUUGUUGGUAAAACCCAGAAGAAGAAGCUUUACCCAUAAAUAUAUCAUAUUUUGAAUUUACAUGCACUUAACCAGCCUCUGAAUGUUCAGCCUGUGACGGUGAAUGACUUAAAUCUGCUCCUCACUCACUGAGGGCUCACACAGCCUGAGGAGCUCCGAGAUGUGUUUGAGUAUUGCACCUGAAGGUGGAUUCUGUGGUUUCUGAAUUUUUCGAGAUUUUAUGAUUGUAAUUGAUUUGUGUUUUUAUAUAAAAUCAAAAAUGGAUCCUCAUAUGCCCAAAGGAAAUGCUAAUGAGGCAGACAGGACUUAAUGUGUGCUGCUACAUGUGUACGUGAACCACUUUGACAAUGUUUCUAGAACCCACUGUCUCAAACAUGAUGCUGUCACUCUGUAGUUAAUCCUCCAUUCGAAUGCAUCACAAAUGCAGAAAUGUCAAAAUUGAAACUUCAUCAAUUUCCACCCCACCCCACCCCCCACUGUUUUCUUUAAAAAAACGAUUUUGAUUCAAUGAACUAAAAGGCAUUUAAUAUUCUGUUCAAUGUGUCCUCUGAGGGGUGGAUAUCUGUGAUGGAUGAACAGUUCCAUUUAACAUGAAGUAUUUAAUGACAAGUAAUGUUACAUGAUGAGGUUUCGAAAAUAACAAACGUCUUUGUACACAUCUGCACAUAUCUACUUCUGCAUUUUUAAAGCUCAUGUUCUGACUGUAUUUCUAUAAAAACUAAUGGAGAGGAGACACAUUUUAGACACGUUAUUAAAGUUUUAAAAGGAUUCUGUGAGGGGAAAUGAUACCAAAUACAUUUUGAACUGGAUCCAAGCCGGAGAUUAACUACAUUUGUUAUUGUUUUCUGAAUGUUAAUCUAAGUGACUGCCGCCAUGGUUGAAGGAGGACCCUCGAGUCUAAACUCUUGACGGUCUCAUGAAUGUCAACCAUGUGUGUGAUCUGUGGAAAACGAACUGGAAGUUGCACUUUUCCUCUGGAGAGUGAGAGGAGAGGACUGCGAUGUCAGCUGCUGGAAAGAAAAAAGCUGCCAUCCAUCUGUGGAUAUUUGUCGUGUUUAAAGCUGUACAAAGUGAAUGAUUUUGCAGGAUCUGGGGCCAUGUACAUUUUGAAUUGUUAGCCCUUUGUAGAAAUCACAUUUUAUAACAUGUGGUGGCGGUUCUGUACAGCAACCAGAUCCACAGACUGUUUAUCUGUAAAUAAAAUCACUUACACUCAU